GUUGGAUUAAUGUCGCCGAAACUAGGUCUCAAUAUUAUGAUGCUUGUCUUUGACCAAGGGAGACAAUUAUUUCAAUUAGUGUUGUGUGAAGCUAGUUUGUGAUAUUUUGUCGUGUGCUAUCGUGACGCGUUGAGCAGUCGUGGAAUUUGUCAUGAUGGACAGAGGCAUGCUAUCAGAGGAAUUUAUGGACCAUGCGUACAACGGAUCUAAGUGAUUUUGGAUUAAUCUACUUGUUGUUUGGGAGCAGAUAGUACUUCACUUAGAGGAGCAGGCCUAAAAGUUGCGAGCAGCCUAUGAUGAAUAAAAAUUGUGCAAGGUGUGGGAAACCUGUUUACUUUGCUGAAAGAAAGACUUCGCUAGGCAGGGAAUGGCACCCAUCCUGUCUCAAAUGUGAGCGGUGCGGUAAAGUUCUCUCCCCUGGCCAACACGCUGAGCACAAAAGCCUCCCGUACUGUCACAACCCCUGCUACAAGGCUCUCUACGGUCCUGCCAUCCUGGGAUAUGGUUCCAACAUUUCCUCCCCGGCCAACUUUGCCCGACCGGACAGACAGGUCAUAUACGGGCCGGACUUGGGAAACGGUUUUAACGAAAUCUUCCGGCUGGAGAACAGCCAGGCAAACAAGGGAGCGAACUCACAGAAAACAAGUGCAAGACAAGUACAGAACACCAAAUUACAUGAGAUACUCCAGAAAAUAGAAGAGUUUAACCAGUACCAUGAGGGCAAAGUUCACCACCAGAUGACAGCUGAAGAGAUGGGUGAUGGUAGCGUCCAUGUGGAGGGUCCACUGCGCAUCUACUGGGGCCUCAGCCAGCCCAUCCAGCUGGUACACUGUGAUAACAUCCCCCCUGCCCCCAUAGCCCACUGGAGACACAGCCUGUGUGUGGGGCCGGAGUCCCCUGACAUUCCAGAGAAAAAAUUCUCCAGCACUUUGAGCUUCAGGGCGCCCCACUCCCCCAGUGGAAAGAGCAAAGAGCUAGAUGACAUGUUUUUUUCACCUUCAUCCCCCGACGAUGUGGUCAGACGGAAGAAACAGGGGGUCAGAAAGUUUAAAACUGUAGCGUACAGGGGGGACCAGCCGACCAAAUGGAAGCGGGCGUCCAUCAAUGGUCAUCUCUUUAACUAUGAUACCAGUGUGUUUACUCCUGUGCUGGGCAGUUGUACCAGUGUCAAUGUCCACAGUUCAUUGACCUCAGGAGAAGUGAUAGAAACUUUGCUGGAAAAGUUUAAAGUACAAAAUAGUCCUGAUGAGUAUGUGCUGUCAAUAGUCAGUGAAGAAGGUGAGCGCAUUUUGUCCAGAACUGACAAACCCCUGCUGGAGAGAUUAAAACUUGGACCAAACGAAACUUUGGGUAAAAUAUUUAUCCGUGAAGCUGGCGGCUCGUCUGUCACUCACAGCACCAACAGCGUCAAAACUACCAUCGCAGAGACAGCAGAGGAGGAAAAUCUACCUCACGAAGUUGAGCAGCUACUAGUAUUACCUGAGGCAGUGCUUCGAGGUAUUUUAGAGAAAUUUUUCAAAGAUGAGGAGAAGGAGGUUCAGACACUUAAAGCCAGAUAUGAGAGGUGUAAAAAACGAAUCCAGCAGAGGCUACAAGAAAUACAAUCUUUUGAAUCUUCGUCCAGAGCAUAGCUUAGGUCAUAGCAAUAAUGAACAAGUCAAUCACACUUUGAUCCAAUACAAGACAGCAAUAAUGAACAGAUCAGUACAAGACAGCAUUUAUGAGCAGAUCAAUACAAGACAGCAAUAAUGAACAGAACAAUACAUGACAGCAAUAAUGAGAAGAACAAUUCAAGACAGCAAUAAUGAACAGAAUAAUACAAGACAGCAAUAAUGAGCAGAACAAUACAAGACAGCAAUAAUGAGCAGAACAAUACAAGACAGCAAUAAUGAGCAGAACAAUACAAGACAGCAAUAAUGAACAGAACAAUACAAGACAGCAAUAAUCAGCAGAACAAUACAAGACAGCAAUAAUGAACAUAACAAUACAAGACAGCAAUAAUGAACAUAACAAUACAAGACAGCAAUAAUGAACAGAACAAUACAAGACAGCAAUAAUGAACAGAAUAAUACAAGACAGCAAUAAUGAGCAAAACAAUACAAGACAGCAAUAAUGAACAGAACAAUACAAGACAGCAAUAAUGAACAGGACAAUACAAGACAGCAAUAAUGAGAAGAACAAUUCAAGACAGCAAUAAUGAACAGAAUAAUACAAGACAGCAAUAAUGAGCAGAACAAUACAAAACAGCAAUAAUGAGCAGAACAAUACAAGACAGCAAUAAUGAGCAGAACAAUACAAGACAGCAAUAAUGAACAGAACAAUACAAGACAGCAAUAAUGAGCAGAACAAUACAAGACAGCAAUAAUGAACAUAACAAUACAAGACAGCAAUAAUGAACAGAACAAUACAAGACAGCAAUAAUGAACAGAAUAAUACAAGACAGCAAUAAUGAGCAAAACAAUACAAGACAGCAAUAAUGAACAGAACAAUACAAGACAGCAAUAAUGAACAGAACAAUACAAGACAGCAAUAAUGAACAGAACAAUACAAGACAGCAAUAAUGAACAGAACAAUACAAGACAGCAAUAAUGAACAGAUCAAUAACAAAGCAACCAAAUAAAGCAGUCAAACUAAAAGCAACAAGGCCAACAACUGUGAUCAAGUUCAAUGCAGCAGUAACAGAGGAUUAAUACAACUGCUUUCACGGAAUAAUGUAGGCUUUUCAGUUUCUUAAAAAUAAAAAGACUACUUGAAUACAAUUUAAUAAAAAAAAAGGUUUUACAUGACAGAUAAAGCAUGUCUAAAAUAAGGUGUGUAACAAAUGUAAAAUACUCUCAGGUCUAGAGUCAAAAUGUAGGCACUGCUGUAUAUUUUGAGUUUGGUCUUCCUUAUAUAAUUUAGCAGAAAGACAGACUUCACAGAUGAUUUAUUCAGCUUACACUAACAUUGAGUGUUAAACCUCAAAAAAUACUUGUGUAAUUUCUUGUAUUAUUUUACUGCAGUCUGUAAAACCUAACCUAAAAAACCACACAUUUAAGGGUUAUUAAGGCUUUGAGUUCAGUGUUAAGUUUGCAUUAAAAUAUGCUUUACAUGUUUUUUUAGCAAAGUAUUAAAUACAGUCCUGUAAUUUUGGUUUAAAUAAUUUUUCAAAAAUGUUUAUACAUAUUAUUAAUUUGUGAAUUUAGUGUCACACCAAGGCUACUGUGUUUCUGCAGAUGAAUCAGUGGCUGGUGUUGCUGCUGAUCUCAUGUCUGUGAGACAGCUGUUAAAACAAAUUUUUUUUUUAUCAUGAGGUUGCCAAAUUUUUGUUUCUCUGUGCUUUUUAUGUAAGGGGCAACAACCUAGUGGGACUAACAUGAUAUUUUAGAGAUUGAAGCCUGUGGAUAGUUGAAACUGAAGUGGUGAAAUUUUUAAAUAUCCUGUGCUUUCAAAUUUACUUGUCAAAAUAAUUGUCCUGUAUAAAUUUAAAAAAUACACACACUGAUAUUUUUAGAUUGGCAUCACCCAUAUUUCAAAGCCUAACUUAAUUUUAAAGAAGGAAGAAAUUAUAUUGUACAGCUUUGCAGAAUUGAAAGUUUUGCUUACUGGUCUGAGAAAUUGGUAUUAGAUAAUUUUGAACUUAUCAAGAUCUGAAUGACUCUUUAUCAAUGAUUAUAUUGAUUUUUAAAAAAAUAUAAUUUUAAAUUUUAUUCUACAAAAUAAACUCAAAUCUCAGAAAAAUGAAAUACCUGGCUGGCACUGGAAGUCUUGAGUGCGGUGUCCAACUGGUGCUUGUGGACCCAAUCAUCUCUCUAUCAAUGGGUGCUUGUGGACCCAAUCAUCUCUCUAUCAAUGGGUGCUUGUGGACCCAAUCAUCUCUAUCAAUGGGUGCUUGUGGACCCAAUCAUCUCUCUAUCAAUGGGUGCUUGUGGACCCAAUCAUCUCUAUUAAUGGGUGCUUGUGGACCCAAUCAUCUCUCUAUCAAUGGGUGCUUGUGGACCCAAUCAUCUCUCUAUUAAUGGGUGCUUGUGGACCCAAUCACUGAACACUCAUGGAGAAGAUUUUGUAGAGCUUCCUAAAUUUUUUUUAAUGUACACUUGUAAAUGUUGAUAUAAUCAGCAAAUUAUUGUGUUGAUAAUCAGAUUAAUAUGCAGAUCUACUGGUUAGCAUGCAUGUAAACCUCAGGUAAUCUGCAUGUUAAUCUGACAAAACCCAGAUAAUCUGCAGAUUAUCCUAUAUAAAACAUGAAGGUUGUGAAUAGCCUUGAAGUUACCUUUGAACUGUGACUAUGCUUUUGGUGAUAUAUGUACAUGUGUAUUUGAUUUAAUUACAUGUGUAUUUGUUUUUAUGUCAAGAUUUGUACGCUGGUUUGUACAAAGUGGCAACCUCUCACUUUCUGCAGGCAUUGCCAGUUAAUGUUACUAAAUUUAUCAGGUGGAGUUUUAGUACAUGAAAUCCAACCUUUAAAUUUGACCAAAAAUGUUACCAUUAUUUCAAAGUACCAUGGCUUCUGUCUUAUUUUGAAAAAAAACAAUGCCAGUUAAUGACCUUUACCAAAAGAGAAUUGUUUUAAAAUGAAAGAUGUUUGUUGCCCAGAUAUUUGAGUUGACCAGAUAUUAUGUUUGCAUCAACAAAUUACUUUCAAUGGUGGAAGUAUUUGCUUACAUGUGCUUUUCAUAUUUUGCUGCUUCAUGUUCCAUGGUGUCAUUUUGCUUUAUCAACUGGAAUAACUGCAUUCAGAAUUGGAUGUUGACUUCUGCCUGUUCAUUAUAGAAUGUAAAUUUCUCGUGUUGAUUUGCCCAAUGUGAUAAGUUUAGUACUACCCUGUGUUUACCCAUGUUGUGUGGAACAGAUGUAUUUCAUUUAAUUUCCUGUGUGUGAUGAGUGUGUUAACUUGUUUAGCUUUCCCCAGGAUGUUAAAUUGUUUUCAAGGCAGCCAAAAAAGAUUUGCUUCACUGGCUUUGAAAUAUUUUUUUUUUGCAUUUUGACAUCAGCCAUCAUUUUGUGAGAUCCCUUUUGUUUGUAAAUAUUUUAUUUAUUAAAAUUUUCAUAUCACCUCA